AUGGACAAUGAGUGUGGGCCAAGUUUCGGCAUGCGGAGAAUGAUGGGUAUUAUCGCCUUGAUGAUCGUAAUCGUUAGUUCGGUGGAUGACCACAAUAUCAAGCCUAUCUUUUCACCUAAGAUAGAUGUUCGUAUUCAUAGUAUUGAGCGAGAGGAUGCCAAAACUCAUUUACGUCAUGAUCAGCAUCUUUUCAUUCUUCAUAUUCAAGUUCUAAAGUAUGAUCCAUGGCAGAGUCGCAAGAAUAAAGUCUGGGCCAGCGGAGCGAGUGAAAUCGCAGAUAUCCAUAGCUAA